GGCUAGUGGCUGGGAGCGGUGGGGUUAAGAGCUACGCUUCGGCCCCGGCCUAGGCACGAUCCCCUAGCACUAAGGCAGUCCGUCUGACCUGCUGCCAGUCUCACGCCAUGGAUCGCCAUCUCCUCACUUGUCGCGCGACCCAGCUCCGGAGUGGCCUCCUGGUCCCCCUGCUUCUGUUAAUGAUGCUAGCAGACCUGGCGUUCCCGGCCCAACGUCACCCCCCGGUGGUGCUGGUGCCUGGUGAUUUGGGUAACCAGCUGGAAGCAAAGCUGGACAAGCCAAAGGUCGUACACUACCUUUGCUCCAAGAGGACGGACAGCUACUUCACACUCUGGCUGAACCUUGAGCUGCUUCUGCCCGUUAUCAUUGACUGCUGGAUUGACAAUAUCAGGCUGGUUUACAACAGAACAACUCGGGCCACCCAGUUUCCUGAUGGUGUGGAUGUGCGUGUCCCUGGCUUUGGGGAAACAUUCUCUUUGGAGUUCCUAGACCCCAGCAAAAGGAAUGUGGGUUCCUAUUUCUACACUAUGGUAGAGAGCCUUGUGGGCUGGGGCUAUACACGAGGCGAAGAUCUCCGAGGGGCUCCCUAUGACUGGCGCCGAGCUCCAAAUGAAAACGUGCCCUACUUCUUGGCCCUCCGAGAGAUGAUCGAGGAGAUGUACCAGAUGUAUGGGGGCCCCGUGGUGCUGGUCGCCCACAGCAUGGGCAACAUGUACACGCUCUACUUUCUGCAGCGGCAACCACAGGCCUGGAAGGACAAGUAUAUCCAUGCCUUCGUUUCACUGGGUGCGCCCUGGGGGGGCGUGGCCAAGACCCUGCGUGUCCUGGCCUCAGGAGACAACAAUCGAAUCCCUGUUAUUGGGCCACUGAAGAUCCGGGAGCAGCAGCGGUCCGCUGUCUCCACCAGCUGGCUACUGCCAUACAACCACACCUGGUCACAUGAGAAGGUAUUCGUGCACACCCCCACAGCUAACUACACACUCCGUGACUAUCACCGGUUCUUCCGGGACAUCGGAUUUGAGGAUGGCUGGUUCAUGCGGCAGGACACAGAAGGGCUGGUGGAAGCCACGACGCCACCCGGUGUGGAGCUGCACUGCCUCUAUGGGACGGGCGUCCCCACGCCGGACUCUUUCUACUACGAGAGCUUUCCCGAUCGCGACCCCAAGAUCUGCUUCGGUGAUGGUGACGGCACCGUGAACGUGGAGAAUGUCCUGCAGUGCCGGGCCUGGCAGAGCCACCAGGAGCACCGGGUAUCACUGCAGGAGCUGCCAGGAAGUGAACACAUUGAGAUGUUAGCCAAUGCCUCCACCUUGGCUUAUCUGAAACGCGUGCUUUUUGAGCCUUGAGUCCUGUGCCAAGCAGGGCUGCUGGGUGGCUGGACCAUGAGGCUGCUCUUGGGCUCAGACUGUUUCAUGGCCUAGAAGCUUGGUGAAGUUUGUGACCAAUAUUUAAGGUCCUAGGUCCUAGGCUGUGAGGUGUCUGCCUCGGGGGAUACUGUUUCUCAGCCUUCCUGUGUAGCCUGGCAGUGAAGAAGGAAGAGAAGUGUGGACUCAAAGGACGUUUGAUGGAAAGAUUGCUGCUACUGAUGGACUCGAGACCUCGGACUGGCUCUGUGGGCUGGCUUGAGUAGGUCCUCACCCCAGUCCUCAGCUCGGGCCAUGCAGCCCUCCUCGUUCUCUGGCCUUUCUCUUCUAGCCCACUGGGCCCUAACCUUACUGUGAGGGAUGUUACUGAGCUGAGGUCCUGCCCUGGAAGGUUCCACAGUGACCCUCAGGUGACCUUCCCACACACUGGCUUCAGGUGGCCUACUGGCUGGGGUUGCUAGCUUCCCUGUGACCUCGCUGGUGGAUGUCCUGAGUGUGGCCUCCUGGAGGCAGUCCAGCACCCCUGCGGGCAGGGCGGUUUGUUGUGUUCUCCAUAAUUCCUCCUGGGAUAUUCAGACUCCGCUCCUACCUCUCACCUCUGGCGGCAUCCUAGUCCUAGUACUGGAUUGGGCAGCAGAGGACCCCUCAAUUCCGGCGGCCAUGUCCUGGGAUUCCUGAUCUCCUUGGUUGUGAUGUGGAACCCAGCGCUGCAGCUGGGCUCUCUCGGUUCUGGGAACUGUAGUUUCAGGAGAGCAGGGCCUCAAGUCAUGACCUUCUAGCUGGGUACCUAGGAAGAAGGGAGCUCAAGGGAGCAACCGUGGUUACUUCGAGCUUCCUUGGGCCCCCUUCUUGAGAACUCCACCACCAUAUUGCACCCUGCUGCAGGGUCUUUCUGCCACCCACUUGGGCUGGCACAAGGGUUGAGAGGUGGUAGAGUUCCUGCCCAACACGUGCUCCCACCGGGCAGCUGAAUGGGUUUUAGUUUGCAGGAAUUUUGUCCAGAGACUUGAAAGGGUCCCCGAGAGAGCUAGGAGCAGAGGGUCCCAGCGAGGGGUUUUUAUGUUUGCCCCAUGGAUGCUGCACGAUCUCUGUGACAGCAGGGAUGGUGAAUCUGGGCCUGUCUUAGGGACAGUGAGCCUGACUAUAGGCUGAGACUUGGGUCAGCUUUUAGGUUGGGGUCCUCAAACCACUUUCAGGCUGGACUACAUACACUGCCUUCCCAUGAUGAUUCUGGCACUGGACUUCCCUUGUUAAGCACAUUCCCAUCAUCUAUCCCUCACCUGGGUGGUGUGCCCCUCGCCUGGGGCGCUGACCCAGCUGUACCUCGAUUUUGGCAAUAAAAGUAUUCUGGAUGCUGUAA